UUUUCAUUUCCCACCAUGUCGUCUGAGGAUGAAGACGUUCUUGCUGCAGUGAAUUUAGUUAAUUAUUUAAAUUAUAAUCAAGGUUCUAUAGUGCUAAAAUACUGGGUCCAUCCAUUUUGGCGUAAAAAUUGCUAUUCUCUUGGUUUAUACUCUGUGUUUAAAGAGCUAGAUGAUCCAGAUCGUUUUAAAAGUUUUUACAGAAUGGAAAAAUCGACAUUUGAAGAGUUGGUUAGGUUAGUUGGACCAGAAAUCCAGAAAAAAGACACCAAUUAUAGAAGAACAGUGUGCCCUCAAGAACGAUUACUUAUCACACUUAGGGGACGCAAGCAAGUGGAGAGUGAUGAUGAAGCUUCUGUAGAUUUUGAUGGUGAAAAUUCGGAGAGUGAUUAUGAUGAGAACGAAAAGCUUCUUCUAGAAAAGACAAGGAAAGAACUAGUUCAAGGACCAUAUGAUUCAGAUGAGGAGAGCGAAGAAGAAGUAUUUCCACUUCGUAAUAAACUAGAUCAGUAUGAAGACAGUGAAGAAGAUGACGAAGAAGUUGAAAAUGAUAUUGAACCAAGUUCUGACGAUGACGAAGAAAAAAAUGUUAAUGAUAGUGAUAUAGAAGGCGCAGAAAGUGGUUCAGAUGAUUUACCUAAUGAUAAAGCUUGGGGUCAACUAAGAAGAUCAUUUUAUAACACUGAUUACUUAGAUAAAGAUCAUGGAGGUUUUGAGGGGGAAGAGGAUGAAGAAACUGCGAAAAUGGAAGAAGAAGAAGCGCGUAAAAUUCAUCAAAGAAUGAUGUCUGAAUUAGAAAAUGUAGAUCUUGACGGUGAACUUUUUAUUGGGACUAAAGUAACAGAAAAUGUAAAAGAAGGGGCUGUCACAAAUGACAUAACUCAAAUGAUGAUGGUUAAAAAGGAUUUGAGUUCAAUGAGUGAUCGUGAAAAAAGAAAAUUGUUGAUGAAAGAAUCACCUGAACUUUUUGGACUAAUCACUGAUUUUAAAACCUACAUGGGAAGUGUACAAGAUAAAUUGUCUCCUUUUUUGAAGUUGGUUAAAUCGGGCAACAUACCUAAAAGUCGAUUUACAGAAUACACGCAAUGUUAUUAUGAAAUAAUAUUAAAUUACUGUACCAAUAUUGGGUUCUAUUUUCUUAUGAAAUCUGUUCGUAAACCAGUGCAAAAUCAUCCUAUAAUGAAUAGAUUACUUCGAUACCGGGAAAUGUUGUGUAAACAAAGUAAACAUUUUGAAACAUUAAUAUCACCUCAGAUUGAUAAAAUAUUGUCCGAUAUCAAUAUAAUAGAAUCUAACUCUAAGGCAAGUAAAAAUAAAUCUAAAAAAUUACUUAAUUUACUGACAAAACCUGUACAAAAAGCUGUUCAUAUAAUUAAACCCAAAGAAAAUAAUGUGGAAAAUUUAAAUGAGAACCAACCAAAUAAAUUUGAGGAUAGUGCAGAUAAAGAAGAAGAUGCUACAGAAGUUAAAGAAGAAACUAUGAUGACCACUGAUGAAAAACGUGGUAUAACCUAUCAAAUAGCUAAAAAUAAGGGACUUACCCCUCGUCGUAAGAAAGAACUUAGAAAUCCAAGGGUGAAAAAUCGUAUGAAAUAUCGUAAAGCAAAAAUCCGUAGGAAGGGACAGAUUUCAGAGCCACGUAAAGAAAUUCGUCGUUAUGAUGGAGAAAUCUCUGGUAUUAAAGUUAAUCUGUCUAAGAGCAUAAAAAUUAAGGCCUAAUUUGUUGUUUUUUUUUUGUGGUACAUGUUGGUCAAUUUAUGACAAAUAAGUCCACAUAAUUUUUUUUUAAAGGAAAAUCAAUAUUUAUAUGUUUUUAAAUAAUAUUAAAUGUUGUUAUACUUAUGCAUUGUA